GGUUCUUUACUAUGAGUAAAAUUUAAAUAAUUUGAAUAACAUUCAUUUAAAUGAGCCUUCAAUUUAAGAAUGUAUGAUUCUUGACAAUUUUACGGGCUUCUUGCUAUCGGCGUAAUGCCACCUCCAGCUGAGCGCGCUUUGUUUUUGUCGUAGCAUUUGCAAAAUUUUUUUUGUUUUCCGAAAUUUCCUUGUUUUCGAAUUGCAUUUAAGAAUCAUUUAAAAAGAUGAAGGAGUGCCCAUACGGCGACAAGUGCUACAGAAAGAAUCCAAUCCAUUUUGGAGAGUUUUCGCACGAGCAUUUGGAUACGAUUUAUAAAAGCGGGAAUGGAGCAGGGCACUAUGAUAUCCCCACAAAAUACUCCAGCGAGCUAAUUCAGACACAGCUAAAGCUCCUGGAGAAACUAUUCCCCAAGGAGGGAGCCACCAAGGAGAAGGAAUCCAAUCGUUCAGAGACAAAGCCGCAGGCAACUUCUGGCGCAUCCUUCAGUGGCGCAACUUCCAGUUCCUGCAGCUCGUCAACCACAAGUUCAUUUAGUGCAUCAACCCAAGACAGCUCUCGUUUGGCCAAAAAACAAAAGUUAGCCAAAAACAUCAAGGAUUACAUACCUGUGGUGGUAGAAAAAGGAGGAAUGGCCAAAAAACUGGAGCGGGCUGCUCCUUACAACCUCUUCCUUACUGCUAUCACCGACUCGAAGCCCACUCACUCAGAACCUUUGAGCGUAACGCUGCAGGAAAUCCUCGAUGAAAGUCUCGGCGAGAUCGAGAGCACUGUGCAGAUUAACUUUAUGGUGGACAUUGGCUGGCUUCUGGGACAUUACUACUUUGCGGGGAUACUUGAUAAGCCCCUUCUAGUGCUCUACGGUGACGAAUCCCCUGAGCUCCUAAGCAUCGGCAAGUUUAAGCCGCAAGUUACGGCCAUAGGUGUCAAAAUGCCCACGCCCUUUGCCACCUCCCACACAAAAAUGAUGCUGCUGGCUUAUAACGAUGGUUCCAUGCGGGUGGUCAUUUCUACGGCGAAUCUGUACGAGGACGAUUGGCACAAUCGCACUCAGGGUGUGUGGAUCAGCCCGAAACUGCCAGAGUUGCAUGAGGACGCGGAUACAGGAGCGGGCGAGAGCCAGACCGGCUUCAAGCAGGACCUGAUGCUGUACCUGGUGGAGUACAAAAUAAGCCAACUUCAGCCUUGGAUUGCGCGUAUUAGAAAGAGUGACUUUAGUGCCAUCAAUGUCUUCUUUUUGGGUUCCGUACCUGGUGGUCACCGUGAGAGCACCGUACGAGGGCAUCCUUGGGGUCACGCCCGCUUGGGAGCACUUCUGGCCAAGCAUGCUACUCCCAUCAACGAUCGCAUACCCGUCGUUUGCCAAAGUUCCAGUAUCGGAAGCUUGGGAGCUAACGUACAAGCCUGGAUCCAACAGGACUUUGUUAACAGCCUCAAAAAGGACUCCACGCCUUUGGGAAAACUGCGUCAGAUGCCGACCUUUAAGAUGAUUUAUCCCAGUUUUGGAAACGUUUCGGGGAGUCACGACGGAAUGCUGGGGGGUGGCUGUCUGCCGUACGGAAAAAACACCAAUGAUAAACAGCCGUGGCUGAAGGACCACCUUCAUCAGUGGAAGUCCAACGAUCGCUAUCGUUCACGAGCGAUGCCGCAUAUAAAAACAUAUACCCGCUACAAUCUGGAGGAUCAGUCAGUGUACUGGUUUGUUUUGACAUCAGCAAACCUCUCAAAGGCAGCCUGGGGCUGCUUCAACAAAAACUCGAACGUUCAGCCAUGUUUGAGAAUUGCCAACUACGAGGCUGGUGUCCUUUUCCUGCCCAGAUUUGUGACGGGAGAGGAUACUUUUCCACUGGGAAAUAAUAGAGAUGGCGUGCCAGCUUUUCCGCUGCCCUACGAUGUCCCUUUGACCCCAUACGCUCCCGAUGAUAAACCUUUUCUUAUGGAUUACCUUCAGGGUUGAGUUUCUUUGAAUUCGACUGCAUUACAUCAUUUUGAAAUAUUUGUGUUUUUUAGUUUAAGUUUAUUUAUUUUCCAUAUAUGUUCUUCUUUUAAUAUAAAAAUAUGGCGGAAUUCCAAAAUAGCCGAAAAAUAGA